UGUGGUCACGUCUGAAGAGACGAUCUUUGGACGUCCCUUCUUUGGGAGGUUAACCUGUGACCCGGAAGUGCAUCAAAGCUUUUUGUGCAGGUAGAAGUUGCAGAAGCUAACCUGCAGAGCAGAAGCCGUUUCCCCGCCGGACCCCGCGGAGCAGAGCGCCGCAGCAGGAUGGAAGCUCCCACCGCUCCUCCGGACUCACCUGCAGAGCUCAACAGCGUUCAAAUCAAAACGGAGCCGGACUGUGAGGUGGAGAUCCAGUGGUUCCCCGUCCUCAAGCAGCUGUCCGUCAACCUGACCGACUGCCGGGAGUGGCUGGGGGGGCAGGACUUCCUGUCUCUCGCCCGCAGGUGUAAACUGGACCUGGGAACUCUUUUGGCGAUGGUGUCCAGAGCAGGAAUGACAAAACAACAAAAUGGAGUUUCAUCACAUGUGCAAGCUCAGCAGAGACAGACAGACAGACAGACAGACAGACAGACAGACGAUCACCCUCAUCUCCUCGCUAUCAAGAAAGAGAAGCGGCGUGUGGCAGCAACGACAGGCAGGAAGAUGAUGUACUGCCGCGAGUGUAAGAAAGGUUUCUACAAGUUGUCGCACCUGGAGGCGCACCGCCGCGUGCACGAGGGCCAGAAACCCAACGAGUGCUGGCAGUGCGGCAAGACGUACCCGACGCUGCUCAGCCUCGUCAUCCACCAGCAGAUCCACGACAGGACGCAGCCGUACCGCUGCUCGUACUGCGACAAGACCUUCGCCCUGAAGCGUGACUGGAAGACGCAUCACCGCACGCACUCUGGAACCAAACCCUUCAAGUGCUGGUUCUGCGGGGAUGGAUUCAGUGGGCAGGACGAGCUUGCCGAGCACCUGCAGAACCACAAAGGCGAGAAGUGCUACCACUGCAAAGUCUGUGACAAGAUGUUUGUGUCCUACCAGGGCUUCAACUUCCACCGCAACUCGCACAGGAAGCAGAAGCUGCUGCCCUGCUCCAAGUGCAAGAAAUCCUUUGCCAACCCUCAGAGCCUGAAGCUGCACCAGGCCACGCACUCCAGCAGAAAGCCACACAAGUGUCCCAUGUGCGACAAGGCCUUCAAGCUGCUGAGUGGCUUGCGCUGCCACCAGAAGACCCACGACGACGAGAAGGCCUACAGCUGUGACGAGUGUGGCAAGUGCUUCUCCAGCCUGCAGGGCCUGAAGCUGCACAACCGCACGCACACCGGCCUCAAGCCCUACAAGUGCCAGGAGUGCGGCAAGAGGUUCACCCAGUCACCACACCUCAAAGCGCACAUGGUCACCCACACUGGCGAGCGCCCCUUCCUCUGCGUCACCUGUGGCAAAAGGUUCACCCAGUCGUCCCACCUGCGCUCGCACAUUACGCUGUUCCACGUGGGCAAGAAGCCAUUCACCUGCGAUGACUGCGGCAAGAGCUUCACCAUCGCCCACUACCUGAAGGUCCACCGGCUGAGCCACACCAAGGAAAAGCUGUACAACUGCUCCUACUGUGAGAAGACCUUCUCCUACCACAACUCCUGGAGGGCCCACGAGAGGAUCCACACCGGAGAGCGCCCGUUCAGCUGCCGCGACUGUGGGCGGAGCUUCAUCACCUCAGGCUCGCUGCUGAGUCACCAAAGAGCCAAACACACAGGAGAGAAGAGCCACUACUGCUUCACCUGCGGCGAGUUCUUCCUCACCAGCUCGCUGCUGCGGAUCCACCAGCUCAACCACACGGGCGAGCGGCCGCACGUCUGUGGCUGCGGCAAGACCUUCAAGACCAAAGGCGUGCUGAGGUACCACCUGAAGAGGUUCUCAGACCACCAGCCCGCCAAGUGAGCGGGAAAUGGCAGGGAAAUCCCUGGAAUGGGUGAGAACUUCCUGCUGGGAGCCACAGCCUCGCUUCUUCUCCAAACAAAACACAAACCAGACCGGAAGAGCUUCUCUCACCGACUGGACAAAAAAUGUGUUUUGAGUUGUUUUUUUUAUCUCACUUGCAGGGUUUCCACAUGUCCUGGGACUUGUGGAAAGUCAUGGAAUUCAGAAAAAAAUCAGUUUCAGAAUCAAGAAUUCAGUCAAGAUCCAGAUCAAAAUUAAGAUUUGUUUUGUCAAUUUAAAAAAAAAAAAAAUUGUUAACUAGUUACUUGCCAAAAACCCAAUUUCCUUGAAACCCAUGGGUCCUAGAAGAUCUGAUGAUUUAUUUCAGACUUUAGCAGAAUUUAAUAAAUUGCUGGGGCAAGUCAUGAACUAUCUUUUUUUUAAAAAAAAAAAAUCAGUAACUACUCAACAAAUGUAAAAUCUAUUAUCUCCCUAAAACCGUUGUGUCAGAGAUGAUUCACCAUGACUGGAGAUCAGCUAAAGUUGAAUCUGUUCCUGAUGCUAAUGAGGAAGAACCCUUUUGAUUUUGGUGACCCCAUGACCUUUCCUCUGGCACUACCCUCAAGCCAAACUUGGGGCUGUCGUCCGCAGAUGGCACAUGUCUGACUUUUCCGUUUUCGGUUCACUUCCCCGUAGAAUUAAACAGAUUAAUAAUAAGCUUUAACAAAGACUUUUAAAUCUGAAUUUUGGUUGAGGGAAAGAAGCGUACCAUUUAAUUUAUAGAAGACAUGGAAAUUUCACAUCUUGGUCAUGGAAAAGUCUUGGAAGUUUCACAUCUGACAGAGUGGGAACCUGUCAAAGUCAAAGUAUGCUGAGUGAAUGAAGCUCUGGCAGGGCGUUUUGUUUUCUCUGACGUGAGGAAUAAAAGUAAAAAAAAAAAACCUUUGCAGUAAGAAUAUUUUAGUUUGUUCCUGUUUGGAAGAGCAGAGCAUGGCAG